CACGCGCAGCUCCCGUUGCUCUAGGUGAAGCUCAACUCACUCACGAGCUUCAGAAUGAAGCAGGUGUCCAACAUGGCGAACACGAGCAACGGAUCUCUCGCUACUCUCCUCAUUUUAUUCACCAUUUCGGCAGCUAUCCAUUCAGGAGCUGCUCAGUUUCCAGUCCAAAGCCAGAAUCUCAUGGCGGACAACAUCUCGGUAGUGGAGGGGGAGACAGCCACCAUAAGCUGUCGAGUCAAAAACAAUGACGACUCGGUCAUUCAGCUCCUCAACCCCAACAGACAGACCAUAUACUUCAAAGAUGUCAGACCCCUGAAAGAUGCUCGAUUCCAGCUGGUCAAUUUCUCAGACAACGAGCUGCGUGUGUCGUUAUCCAACGUGUCACUCUCAGACGAGGGAAGAUAUGUGUGCCAGCUCUAUACAGACCCCCCACAGGAAGCCUACGCCGACAUCACUGUGCUAAUCCCACCAGGAAACCCAAUCAUAGAGUCCCGUGAGGACAUCGUCAGCGAGGGCAACGAGACGGAGAUAACCUGCACCUCCAUGGGCAGCAAACCCGCCGCAACGAUCAGAUGGAUGAAAGGAGACAAAGAGCUACAGGGCAAGUCUAAAGUGGAGAACACGUACGACAGGAUGUUCACUGUGACGAGCUGGCUGAGGUUUACGGUCACGAGAGAGGAUGACGGGGUUCCUGUGGUUUGCAUUGUCGACCAUCCAGCGGUCAAGGACUUCCAGGCGCAGAAGUACCUAGAAGUUCAAUAUAAACCUGAGGUAAAGAUCGUGGUGGAGUUUCCUUCGGGCCCGAUUAGAGAGGGUGAAAAUCUGGAGCUGACGUGCCAGGCUAAAGGCAAACCAGAGCCUCAACAGGUGAAUUGGGUGAGGGUCGAGGACGACGUGCCAUCUCACGCAGUUAUCACCGGCUCAGAUCUCUUCAUCGAGAACCUAAACAAGUCCUUCAACGGCACUUACCGAUGUGUGGCGUCCAACUCUGUGGGUGAAGCCUAUGAUGACUACAUCCUUUUUGUGCGUGAUGCCCUUACCACAACCCCUAAACCCACAACCACCACCACCACCACCACCACCAUCUCCGCCACAACCUCCCCUCCAGACAUCAUACAAGACGCUGCGCCCAGCACUGAAGCCGCAGCUCACGAUUCACAAGCAGGAACAGAAGCACAGAGAUCGUUGGACCAUGCGGUUAUUGGAGGGGUGGUGGCCGUCGUGGUCUUUGCCAUGUUGUGUCUUCUCAUCGUUUUGGGGCGAUACUUUGCAAGACACAAAGGCACCUACUUCACACACGAAGCCAAGGGGGCAGAUGACGCGGCGGACGCUGACACGGCCAUCAUCAACGCCGAAGGGGGCCACAACAACUCGGACGAGAAGAAGGAAUACUAUAUCUGAGUCCUGAGGCCUCUGUCGUUCUUAAUAUUUUCUUUUGUUUUUGGCGGGAGGGGGUGGGGCAUGAGGGAACUGAGAUUUUUGUUUAUUUGUCAGUUUGUUUGAUUUUCUUUCCUUGGAAUUGAAUGACGUAGAAUGCUACACAGGCAGCUGAGAAGAUGUAGGUAUUUGUGUUAUACAGCGGGUUUGGGGUCAGGGGUGGGGUUUAGGGGUGGGCGGGAUACCAGACGUUGCCAGAUAAGAGUGUAGAAAGCGUCACCACACAGCACCUCCCCAACUGCUGGUAUUUUUCGUUCUUUCUCGACCAUUUGCAGAAAAUUCUGUGCCUUGUUCUGAAUUUCUUUUCUUAGUCAUGCUUUAAAUGCCAUUGACCAUGUCACAACUCUAAAACCCCCCUCCCGAACACACACACUCACUCACUCACACACUCACACACCUCCACCAUCUCCGAUUAUCGACAUGCUGUCUGUUUUCCUAUGAAGGUACAUGAGUCCCCACCCCAAUGCAUUCCCCUACACUGUGGGCAUCUCCUUCAAAACAUCAUAUCCUCUGUACAAAGAGCAGGCCUAGUCACAUGGCAGCGUUUUGAUUUGCUCAAUCCCAGGUCAUCAGCAUCAUGAAGGGAAGUACAAGCAGCUUCCUUCCUUCCUGGCCCCCAACAAUUCGAUGAGACCGGGGGAGAAGCGAUCCUGGACGUUGCACCUGUUUUAUUUUGACAGGGUGCAUCUGCAUUGCUGCAGACUUAUUUUAUCCUCUUUUUACUUCAGUUUUAUUUUUCCGAAUUAUACUGUAUGUGCCAGUACAUUUGAAGUUUGGAAUGGGCAGUGGCGCAGACGAACAGUUCCUGCUACUCUGAGGCUUGUCGUCUCGUGCUGCUCGGUUAGACAAGGCCCUUUCAGUUAUUUAUUGUUUCAAUAUAAUGAUGUCUUAGGUUUUGUCUGCAUUUUCAUUCAAAAACGCACAUGCCAUAAUGACGAAAGAGUCGCCAUCACUGAAAAAGGUCUAAAUACUGUGGCUUACGUUUUGUUUUCUCGUCUUAUGCUGUAAUUUUCCAUGCAGGGCUGCUGAAGGUGACCCUCUAGCACACGUUACUAACUACCUAAAAUUGUGUCAAAGCGAGACGUUUUCUGGUUUUGGAGUGUUUUGUUAGACUCGAGGGAGGAAGCGCCACAACUAUCAUGUUUGUAGAUGUACAGAGAGGGAAGAUGUGGAAAUGAUUUGAUUGCUAUAACUUUACUACCUUCAAAAUGCAUUUUAACAGCCAGAAAACAUCUGCAUUUGUGUAUCUGGUUUGUAGGCGAGUCAGUAAGGAUGUGACAUUGAUGUGGGUAUAUGAUUGCCUGUCAAGUGAAUUGCCUGUUUGUUCUUCCUCAGAGGAAAUAGUGGCGACUGCAGCUAGCUUAUCCUAGUGAUACUAGUAUAUUAAUAUAAACUGCCCAAAUAUCAUAGACUACAUGGUGCGAAAAAGCACCACAGCAAGAUCAUUUCCUCUUGUAAGCAAUGUGUGCUUUAUUGUUUAUAAUUGCUGUGAGUUGCUCCUCCGGGUUCCUGCUCACGCACAGCAGUCCCGGGCUUGAAAUGUGGUUAGUUUGAAUGGAAAGUGAAAUAAACAUAAGUCUUUAUAAGAAAAAAAAAAAAAAAAGCUUUUAAUAACAUUCCAAAUAUUUUAGGAAAACAGUCUGUGAUGUAAUUACCCGAUAACGUGGACUUCCCCCUAUAUUUACAGUCGUUGUCAACACAUGACGCUAAACAAAACAUGUGAACGCAUUACACUUUUCACUGAAGCCUAGCUACAAACGUAGCACCCGUCGAGGGUACAUAAUGUAAGGUGGAUAAGACGUCUAAAGUACUUUCCCUAAAGAGAAGUAUUUCUUCUCACUUCCUCAUGACUCUCGCUGUAGUGUAAGUGAAGUGAGAUGCCUUAGUUUAGACCCUGCUGAAACCAAGCUCAGUGUGUAAAUAAAACGGCGAGGUUGAGGGGGGAAAACACACUCUUGUUUGCUUUAUUUUUUCGAGGAUGUGCAUUAACCAUGAGGAACACUUUGGACGCUUUCGUUUUUACUUAGAAUACAAAUCCGAGGGAAUGUCUUGCAGCUUGAUGGUUACCGUUGCAGUUGAGAUAUACAGUUGUGUGGCUUGUGCUUAACUAGUGAGCAUCAUUUAGCUUUGGUCUGGCAGCUUCUGAACAGGAUUUCAGACAUCCCUUCUCCUCUUUUGCGUACGUGAGAGACAUGACAUCCGUAUACUAAUUUGUGGUAUUUAGACUGGGACGAUGUACAUUUUGUUCAACUUGUUACGUUAGACCUGUUUUAAAUGUGAUUAAUGUGGUUUAAUCCACUCUACUAGGCGUUUGAGGACUUCAGAUAGGCGGUCGAUGGGACGACGCGGUUACGCCAGUGAUCUAUUUUAUCAUCCGUUUCUUGUACAGCAAGUCGAAAAAGGUUUCAUUGAAAAUGUCCAAAAAUAACAACUAGUUUUGAGAUGUGAACUGGGUUCGGUUUCAGUUUUGUAGUUUGUUGUUGUGUUUGUUGUUUUCAUUGAUUUGUUACUGCCCCCUGUUUGAUAGUGCAACAGUGUUACUGAUGGAACUUGCUUUGAUUGCUUUUAUUUGAACUUGACAGUUUAAUUUAAACCCUGUCUCAGGUUCACGUACAAUAAACAGUAUGUUUGCAUCUCAGGUAGAAUGCAAAGUUACGGCCCCCGAUUAAGUAAGUGGGAAAAAAAACAAUCAAGCUGGAUUUCAAAUCAAAUGGAGAAUUUGACAUGUUUUGUUUAAUAUUUGUGUUGUUCUUGUUUAUUUGGUGCACUGUAAAACGUGUACGUAAUGUACACGCAAUAUUGAGUAUUAUUAUUUUUUUUUCUCCAGACCUACUUCACACAGAGAGGACAGUAAAGGACCAACCCGAUCUCAUGAGAAAACGUAAUUAUUUCACGAGUUUUAGAAAACAAAAAAACAUACAAGUGAAAUUAUAGAAAUUCACCAAACCGUAAAGUAGUUACGCGUUGCCAUGAGAGUGUGUUGGGGAAAAUUCAAAGUUGACAUGUUUCUUGUUCUGGUUCCAGAUAGGUUGAAAAGUGUUAAAAGUUUUACAUUCAUUGUUUUUAGGUUGGUUAUUUUUUGUCUUUCUGCUGUACUUGGGCAAUGUUACUAUGUAUUAAUGAAGAAAAAUGAUAUCCACAUUCCCAUACACAUUUUGUAUUUGUUCAUAUUAGACAUUUUUACAAAAAAAA